AUGAUAGUGUGCAUCUUCCUUGUCCCAUCUAAAUGCGCCGAAUGGGCCGAGUGGUUAUACCUUGCAGAACGUUACAAAUAUUGUCAUCGAGAAUUCAGCUGCGGUGCUACGCUGACAGAGAAUGGUAGUAAGGAGCUGGAAUUUGUCGCGAAGAAGUGGCAAACUAACUAUACGGAGAGAGCGAGGUUGAGCGCCCCACAUGCUGAAGUGGCAUGUUCAAAGAGAGAGACGAAAAACGGACAGCCGCUCAACCCCUUGAUUAGCGCAAGUAGGCAUCGAUAUUACCCUUUGGAUACGCCAAUUGAUCAACUCGUCCCGACAUUCCGGAAGUCCUCCACGGAAAGUACGACUUCUCCAUGGGCGCUUGUGGGCGCGACGUCAAAAGGAAGGUCUUCAGCUUCUUCUCUCAAGGAAAGGGAUGAUGAAAACAUUCACCGCGGCGCAGCGAGGUUUGCUACUCACGAGCAUAAAUACCACUGUACAUUGGCAUAA